AUGUCGUAUUAUCAACAAGGUCCACCUCAGCAAGGCCCACCACAAGGUUACUACCAACAAGGCCCUCCACAGGGAUAUUACCAACAACAGCAACAACCAAUGUAUGUCCAGCAAAAACCUCAAAAGCUGGGAGGGGGAUGUUGCUCUGCGUUCUGUGGAUGUUGUGCUGCUAUAAUCUGUUGUUGUUGUGCAGAAGAAUGUUUGGGUGCUGCUUUAGGUUGA